UCGAGCGCGCGCUGUUUAAACUGAUUGCCAAGGGCAACACCGCUUGCACUGUGACCAAAACAAUGACAAAAUGCUCCCCAAUCCCCAACAACUAGCCACCCCUUUUGCCAGUCAAAUUCCAAACACUUUCACUUGGAGACUGCCGUCAUGUCGUACAAGAGAUUCUAUGUUCGACUCGAGCUGCAGCUUCACGCGCUCACUUGUCCAGGGGUUUGGCUUUGCUCGCACGGCUAUCUGGAGGCAACUGUCAAGACACUUGGAUAUUAUUUUCGCACAGGUGCCAUGGAGCCUCGAUUUCCCAUGCUGUGUCACGACCACUUCAACAUGGAGGGCUACUUCAAGAGCGUCGACUCGCUGGAGAAGAUGCGUGAGAUGCUGAACGCCGAGCAGCUUGAGAUAACUUUGUGGCAAAACGGAAGACGCCUAGCCUACUACAUAGGCAAGUUAGCCGAUGUGAUGCAACCACCUAUUCCACGCCUCAGCUGUGCCCACAAUCACAAUGUGCAGCUGCUAAUGAAAGCGACGACGGCUUUUCCAGGCAUUCUGGCACCCAAGGUGGAGCUCUCAGCUGAACUGCAGACGCAGGACAAACAGCGCAACAGCUGCCACAUUGAUCUGCAGCGUCCCCUAAACAAUCGUCAUGUGGAGAGCCGUUGCUUAAGCCGCUUGGAGAUGCCUCGUAAGCAACAAGCUGUGUGUCAUGCCAAGCAAUCCAAUUGCUGGCCCAGCAGCGCAAGCUGCAGUUACUCCACAUCGCCAGGUAGUCGGAGACUGUCGACGUGUUCGAACAGCACUCAGUUGAGUGCGGAUUCACAGACCUCCAGCUGGACGCAGUGGAGCCAUGCGACUACGACGGACUUGGGUGGCACAACAGAGCACCAGAGCAGCAGUUGUCACAUUUGCCAGGCUUACAGUCGCUUAUUUGACCAUGUUUAA